AUGUUUGCAUGCAGACUUCGCGAUCUAAAGCAACUUGGUCUAACGUACAUGGUUUACCCAGGAGCUGUACAUUCUCGGUUUGAGCACUCUCUUGGUGUAUUUUCGCUGGCUGGUGAAGCAGUUCACAGAAUCAAAGCUCAGCAAGGAUCGGAACUCGAUAUUGAUAACUUGGAUAUUCAGACAGUGAAACUUGCUGGACUACUGCAUGAUGUUGGCCAUGGGCCGUUCAGCCACACGUUUGAGCGCGAGUUUCUCCAUCGGACUUCUAAUGGUUUGAAAUGGUGCCACGAGGACAUGUCUGUGAGAAUGAUAGACCACAUUGUCGAUAUCCAUAACAUUGAUAUUGAUCCCGAAUGCCUCAAGAAAGCAAAGGAUAUGGUCAUUGCAAGCACAGAACAUGUUUAUCAUAAAGGUGAGGAUAAAAAGGGUUUCCUGUAUGACAUUGUUGCAAAUGGUCGGAAUGGCAUAGAUGUUGACAAUGCAUAUGGUUUUGAAAAUAAAACAUUAUCUGCUAGGUUUGAUUACAUUGUGCGUGACUCCCGGGCUUGCGGACUGGGAUGCAAUUUUCAGAUUGAACGGUUAAUGGACAGCAUGCGAGUUAUGGGUGAUGAGAUAUGUUAUCGUGACAAGGAUUAUCUUACAAUCUACAAGUUGUUUUCCUCUCGUGCUGAUCUGCAUCGAACAGUCUAUACACAUGCAAAAGUAAAGGCAAUAGAAUUGAUGGUUGUUGAUUCCUUGAUAAAAGCAGACGGUUACCUUAAAAUUUCAUCCAAAAUUCAAGACCCAGCUGAAUUUUGGAAGAUAGAUGACUCAAUUGUGAAAACCAUCGAAAUUUCUCAUGAUCAGGACCUGAAGGAAUCUAGAGAUUUAAUCUUGCGCAUUAGGAGAAGAGAUCUAUACCAGUUCUGCAAUGAGUUUGCUGUUCCAAAGGACAAGCUAGAGCACUUCAAAGAUAUCACUCCACAGGAUAUUGUUUGUUCCCAGGGAAAUGGUGAUGCUACACUAAAAGAAGAAGAUGUUACUGUCUGCAAUGUGAAAAUUGAUUUGACUCAUGGAAGAAAUAACCCUCUUGAAAGAAUCAAAUUUUUCCAGGACUUUGAGAGCAAUGAGAAUUUCUUGAUAUCUGAUGAUCACGUCAGUCAUUUGCUGCCUGCUUUUUGCGAAGAUAGGAUUGUGAGGGUGUAUGCUAAGAAACCAGAGCUGGUGAAAGCUGUUUCUGAGGCAUUUGAAAAUUUUCAGCUAAAGACAUACGGAAUGAAAGCACAGGUACAUGCAACUCCUGAUAGGAAGAGGAAUCGCCAGAGGUUAGAAGAGUUGCACUGA